AUGGUCAGCUCCUUUUGUGGCUCCGUCUGCUCUGACCAGGGCUGUGGCCAGGAGAUCUGCUGCCAACCCAGCUGCUGCCAGACCACCUGCUGCUGUGGCUUCAGCUGCUGUGUCAGCUCCUGUUGUGGCUCCAUCUGCUCUGACCAGGGCUGUGGCCAGGAGACCUGCUGCCAACCCAGCUGCUGCCAGACCACCUGCUGCAGGACCACCUGCUGCCGCCCCAGCUGCUGCCAGCCCACCUGCUGCCGCCCCAGCUGCUGCAUCUCCAGCUGCUGCCGCCCCAGCUGCUGCCAGCCCACCUGCUGCCAGCCCACCUGCUGCCGCCCCAGCUGCUGCAUCUCCAGCUGCUGCCAGCCCACCUGCUGCCAGCUCACCUGCCGCCAGCCUUGCUGCCGCCCCUGCUGCUGCCUGCGUCCAGUCUGUGGCCAAGUCUCCUGCCACACCUCUUGUUAUCGCCCAACCUGCGUCAUCUCCACCUGCCCCCGCCCCCUGUGCUGCGCCUCCUCUUGCUGCUGA